CCUCAGUCCCUCCUCUGCCGCUGCGCUGCCACGCACGCCGACGACCGGCGGUUCAGUUUCAGUUUCUUGGCCGACGUUCGCCGGUUCGGUUCGAUUCGAUCCGAUCCAAUCCCAAUCCCAUCCGAUUUAUAACGCACUAUAUAACCAAUACGAGUCGCGCUCUUUUUCGACCUUUUUUCGCGUUCUGCCAACGUUUCGCGUGUUUUUAUUGCCGCCACUGCCGUUUCUAUCCCGGUUCUCAACUGAAAUUUGCACGUUUAAAUCUCAUCGAAAAAGCGCACAAGCAAACGCCAACAAAAACAGCAAAACAGCCAGCAAAAUGUCGGAGCCGCUGUCCAUCUGUCACAAGUGCAAUGAGGUCAUCCAGCAGCGCAUCAUCACCGCUCUGGGCAAGACCUGGCAUCCGGAGCACUUCGCCUGCAAGGACUGCCAACGCCCCAUCUCCGAGGCCACCUUCAACAUCCAGGCGGAUGAGCCCGUCUGCUCCGACUGCUUCGUGAAGAUCUACUCGGGCACCUGCUUCGGAUGCAAGCAGCCCAUCCUGGAGCGCACCAUCAAGGCCAUGGAGCAGUCGUGGCACGAGGAUUGCUUCGUGUGCAACGGACCCUGCAAGAAGCCGCUGGUGGGCACCUCCUUCUACGAGCGGGAUGGACAUCCCUACUGCCGGGCGGACUUCGAACAGCUCUUCGCCGCCCGCUGCGCCGGAUGUGGAAAUCCGAUUACGGAGAACGCGAUCGUGGCCCUCAACGCCAAGUGGCAUCGGGACUGCUUCCAGUGCAAGAAGUGCCACACACCCAUCACGGCCAGUUCCUUUGCCGUGGAGGACAACAAGCCGUUGUGCACGUCCUGCUCCGGUUAGGGAACCGCUAUCUAUGUAUAUUAUCUAUUCUUAUGGUAUUUGUAGUAAUCCAAUUUGUUGAGCCAAUCGCCGAGGACGCAGCAGCAAGGUCGUGGAAAUGAAAACGGAAAAUUAGGAAAAUUCCAAUCCAAUUCGGGGUGCAGAAAUUUACAUUUUGAUGGACAGCAACACGGGAAGUGCAUUAAAUUGCAACGGGGUGGAGAUGUUGGUGGGGGGAGGGGCUUGUUAAUGCUUCAAAUAAUUUUAUUUCUCUCUCUCAUUCGCUAUCUCACUCACGCCCACGCCUCCAAGAACACCACCCACUCACCACUUGAAAAUUGUCUCGAUCGUUUCGUACUGCACAAAUAAAUGAUAAAAAUAAAUGAAAA